GCAGUUGCAAAACGCCUUUCGACUGUUAAACAACGCGUUCAUUAAGCCGUACCGAUCGUGACGUCGCCAUGAAUUUGUUAGUACAAAAUACGUUGCAACUUAUUUGUAUGCUUUUGGCAUGCGCAAACACCUUAGCUACGCCGCUAAACACAAAUCGCGUGCGAAACAUACCCGAGAAACUCACGCAAUCGAAUAUAGAUAUGAUGCGGCUCGCCAAGCGCGAUUCAAUCGUUAAUACAAUGAAUCCGAAAAUUAAGCCUUGCGAUGACUUCUAUAAAUUCGCGUGUGGCAAGUGGGCACGUGCGAAUCCUGCAACUACAAUCGAACAUUUGACAACCGGCCUAUUUGAAGAGAUGAGCCAGCUACUCGAUCGUAAGGUGGAGAAACUACUUACAAACGAUCCGGAUUUCAACUACACAGCCAUCGACAACAAAGUUAAAGACUUUUUUGUUUCGUGCGUGAAUUUGGUUAAGCUGAAAGAUAAAUACAAACAGAAACUAAUUGAUAUGAUCGCCGAGUUUGGUGAAAUGCCCGCGCUCAGUGGCGACAAAUGGAAUGCGGAGAAAUUCGAUUGGCUGGUGACGAUUGCACGAAUUGCGCACAAGUAUGGCAAGGACAUACUACUCGGCAUGGAUAUAAUGGCCGACUAUAAAGACAAUAGCGUAAAUCGAGUGUACAUUGGUCAAGCGGAUUUGCCAUUAGAGAGUCGCGCGAUGUACUUGGAUGACUCUACGGCAGUCUAUAGAGAAAGCUAUAAGCGCAAGUUACGCAAGGAGCUUAUCAAAUUUUUGGGCAUUGACGCACAAUUGGCCACAAAGACAGCUAACGAAAUUGUGGAUUUCGAAGUGAAAUUGGCAUAUGGGCUGGUCGAUGACUCGCUCGGCCAGAGCUUGGACGAUUUGUCAAAGCUGACGACCGUCGAACUGAUGCAGGCCAAAUAUAGUCCAGUUAUCGAUAUCAAGAAACUGGUUAAUAUAACACUGGGUGAAGUAGUCACCGAACCGUUGUAUGAGUAUGCCGAGCAAUAUCAGCAAAAUCUGCAGAAAAUUAUUUUAACAACACCUAAAGAAGUGGUGGCCAAUUACAUCUUCUACACUUUAGUCUCCGAUUAUAUGCUGGAUCUCGAUAAGACAGCGUUAAAGCAGAAAAAGACCUGCAUCGACAAGACCAAAUCGUAUUUCGCUAAAAAUGUCGACAACAUGGUUUACCGUAAGUAUAGCACGCGCAAAACCGAACAGGAUGUCGAGUAUAUGUGGAAGGAGCUUAAGGAGAGCUUCAAAAGCACGUUGCUCUCGGACAAGCUUAGUUGGAUUGCAGAACCGACGCGCCAAUAUGCGUUAGAGAAAUUGCAGGCUCUUCGUUUGGAAAUCAACUCAUACAUGGAUCACAACUUUACCGAGGAGUUUGGCGCCUUAGUGACGAACAAAGACGAUUAUCUGGCAAAUGUGCUCGCCCUAUUGGAAUUAGACACCAAGCGCACAUUCGCCAAAUUGCACGAGCCACCCAAACCAAUCGAAGCGGGUGAAAUUCUCUCCUACACACCGGCUAAUAUACUAAUUGAAAAUGUUAUCAAGGUGCCGGUAUCGAUACUGCAACCCUACCUGCUGUGGAACGAAAUCUAUCCGACUGCCGUGAAGUUCGGCACUUUGGGCGCGCUGGUCGGCCACGAACUCAUACACGCCUUCGACGAUACCGGCCGUCGUUUCGACAAGUAUGGCAACAGUCGCGACUGGUGGGAUGAGAAGUCAACGCAAAUAUUUCUCAAUCGCACUGCUUGCUUCAGCAAUCAGUAUAGCAAAUACAAGUACGGCGAUCAAUUUCUGCCGAAAAGUGUUUCACAGUCGGAAAAUAUCGCCGACAACGGUGGCAUGCGUCUGGCAUACCACGCCUAUAUGCGUUGGUAUGAGGAUGCGGUGCGUGCGAAUGUUGAUGUCAGCACCGAACAGUUGCCCAAUUUUCCGUACAACUACAAACAGUUGUUCUUCAUUAGUUUCGCACAAAUUUGGUGCAACGAUGCGCAUCCAGAAGUGAAGAAGCUGCAAACCUCCACAGACCAGCACGUGCCGGGAGAGUUCAGAGUGAUUGGGCCACUCUCAAACUAUGACGAAUUCGCGCAUGAGUUUCAUUGUGCGGUGGGCACACAAAUGAGUCGAGAAAACAAAUGCGAAAUUUAUUAGAUUAAAAUUGCAAAUUACUUGUGCAUAUGUGCAUAUGUAUGUACUCGUAUGUGCGAAUGUGGUGUAAAUUUAAUUUGUUUCAAAAAUAUGCACUUGUACAUACUUGCUCGUGCAUCAAAACCAAAAGGACUGUGAACUGGCUUUAAUUUUUUAUUGAAAAUUUUAAAUGGUCAUAUUUUCAUUGAAGUGAUUAUUGUUUAAUAAAUGCAAUUAAAAUUUAUUGAAAAAUUAAAAAAAAAAAAAACAGUAUAAAGAAUUAUAUUACAUAUGUAUUGGCUGACACGUACGUGUGUUUGUAUGUAUAUGAA